GACAAUAAGUUUGGCCCCUCCGCGCUACCGUAGCUGUCACCAUGUCUAUGUGUGUAGGCGUGUUGGUCGGAUUUUUUGGUACGGUGUUAUUCUUUAUAAUACGGUUAUUUAUUAUCGUGACGACCGGUUCAAAAUGCAGACCCGGAGCCAAAGGUCCUGUCACCGUUCUUGCUGUUGCAGGAUCAGGCGGCCACACUACAGAGAUUCUGCGGCUGAUGGAGAGCCUGUCUCCGUCCUACAGACCUCGCCAUUAUGUUAUAGCUGACACUGACAAGAUGAGCGAGGAGAAAAUCUGCACCUUUGAAACCUCAAAAGAACACACAGACUCUGAUUCACAGUUUACCAUCCACAGGAUCCCACGAAGUCGUGAAGUGCAUCAGUCCUGGAGCUCGUCGACGGUCAGCACCCUGAAUGCCAUCCGAUAUUCCGUUCCCCUGGUCUUCAGUCUCAGACCUGACAUGGUGCUGUGUAACGGCCCCGGGACCUGCGUUCCCCUGUGUGUUGCAGGGCUCCUGCUCGGAAUUCUGGGAGUGAAGAAAGUCCUGAUCGUUUACGUUGAAAGCAUAUGCCGCGUAGAGACACUUUCGCUGACUGGAAAGAUCCUCUACCCUAUAUCGGACUACUUCUUUGUGCAGUGGUCUGCCCUGAGGGACAAAUACCCCAAAUCCAUUUUCCUUGGAAGAAUAGUUUGACGGAAUGUCAUAUUUUCCAUUGUGCUGCAAACGGGCUCUUAGAGCACAGAAUGCAUACAAAUAAGGGAACAAAUUGGAGCAAAUAUGUUACAGUGGUUUUUGAACAAUAUGAGUAAACAAAUCAUAUUGACAUUAAUUUUACAGAUAUUGUGAUUGCAAUGUGAUUCAAGCUUUUAGUAGGAAUGGUCAUUUUUGCAGUGUAAUUUUUAUUUUCACUGAAAGAGCUAUUAAAAUGUUGAUGGUUUGAUGUUUGCUGGGGUCUGUACCAAACAAACACAUUUUCUUACAUCUUUGCAGCUCCUGUGAUUUUGAUUUUGCACUUGGCCACAUUGCAAUUCUGAAAACAUUUCGAUGAACUGUUCAACCCUACAGUACAGGGCAUAACACCAAAAUUUACAUGGUGUUAUGCUGAAUAAAUGCAGACAAUUUUCAACCUUAAAAAGCAUUAAAGUGUCCUAAAUCUUA